CCGGCGGCGCCUGAGCCCAGCCGAGGAUGGAGAACCGGCCUGGGUCCUUCCAGUACGUCCCUGUGCAGCUGCAAGGGGGGGCACCCUGGGGCUUCACCCUUAAGGGGGGUCUGGAACACUGCGAGCCGCUCACAGUGUCUAAGAUUGAAGAUGGAGGCAAGGCAGCUUUGUCCCAGAAGAUGAGGACUGGUGAUGAGCUGGUGAAUAUCAAUGGCACUCCAUUAUAUGGCUCCCGCCAAGAGGCCCUCAUUCUCAUCAAAGGCUCCUUCCGGAUUCUCAAGCUGAUUGUCAGAAGGAGGAACGCCCCUGUCAGUAGGCCGCACUCAUGGCAUGUGGCCAAGCUGCUGGAGGGAUGCCCUGAAGCAGCCACCACCAUGCAUUUCCCUUCCGAAGCCUUCAGCUUGUCCUGGCAUUCUGGCUGCAACACAAGUGACGUGUGUGUGCAGUGGUGUCCACUCUCCCGGCAUUGCAGCACCGAGAAAAGCAGCUCCAUUGGCAGCAUGGAGAGCCUGGAGCAACCAGGCCAAGCCACCUAUGAGAGCCAUCUGUUGCCUAUUGACCAGAACAUGUACCCUAACCAGCGUGACUCUGCCUACAGCUCCUUCUCGGCCAGCUCAAAUGCUUCUGACUGUGCCCUUUCCCUCAGGCCAGAGGAGGCAGCCUCUACAGACUGCAUCAUGCAAGGCCCAGGGCCAACUAAGGCCCCCAAUGGCCGGCCUAAUGUGGCUGAGACCUCAGGAGGUAGUCGGCGCACCAGUGGUGGCCACCUGACCCCCAGCUCUCAGAUGUCAUCCCGUCCACAGGAGGGACACCAGUCAGGGCCUGCCAAGGCAGUCAGGGGCCCACCACAACCUCCAGUGAGGCGGGACAGCCUUCAGGCCUCCAGAGCCCAACUCCUCAAUGGAGAGCAGCGCAGGGCAUCUGAGCCUGUGGUCCCCUUGCCACAGAAGGAGAAACUGAGCUUAGAGACUGUGCUACCCGCAGGGAACCCUAAUAGGUUCUGUUGCCUCAGUGGGCAUGACCAAGUGACAAGUGAGGGCCAUCAGAACUGUGAGUUCAGUCAGCCUCCUGAAUCCAGCCAGCAGGGCUCUGAGCAUCUACUGAUGCAGGCCUCAACCAAAGCUGUUGGAUCCCCAAAAGCCUGUGACAAAGCUUCCAGCACGGAUUCCAACCCACUCAAUGAGGCUUCCACAGAGCUAGCUAAGGCUUCUUUUGGCAGACCUCCACAUCUCAUAGGACCCACAGGGCAUCGCCAUAGUGCCCCUGAACAGCUGCUGGCAUCCCACCUGCAGCACGUGCACCUUGAUACCAGGGGCAGCAAAGGGAUGGAGCUUCCACCCGGACAGGAUGGGCACCAGUGGACUCUGUCCCCUUUGCACAGCAGCCACAAAGGGAAGAAAAGUCCAUGUCCCCCUGCAGGAGGAACCCAAGACCAGUCCAGCAAAGAAAGAAAGACCAGACAAAUGGAUGACAGGUCUUUGGUUUUGGGACACCAGAGCCAAAGCAGUCCCCCACAUGGAGAGGCUGAUGGACACCCCUCAGAAAAAGGUUUACUGGACCCAAACAGAACAAGCAGAGCAGGCAAUGAAUUGGCCAACCAGCAACCCUCUGCCUCUGGCUCCCUUGUUCAAAAAGCCAGAGACUGUUCUUCAACCACUAAAGUAGCUGGUGGCACAGAGGCAGGUGAAGAAGGAGACAGUGAACACAAGGAGUGCAGCCGGAUGGGUGGUAGGCGAAGUGGAGGGACCCGGGGCCGCUCAAUCCAAAACCGGCGGAAGAGUGAGCGUUUUGCUACCAAUCUGCGUAAUGAAAUUCAGAGGAGGAAGGCCCAGCUCCAGAAAAGCAAGGGUCCCUUGUCACAGCUGUGUGACACUAAGGAGCCAGUGGAAGAGACCCAGGAGCCCCCAGAAAGUCCUCCACUCACUGCCUCUAACACAUCUCUUCUAUCUUCAUGUAAAAAACCUCCUAGCCCCAGAGACAAGCUCUUCAACAAAAGCAUGAUGCUCAGAGCUAGGUCUUCUGAGUGCCUCAGCCAAGCCCCUGAGAGCCAUGAAUCUAGGACAGGCUUAGAGGGACGAAUAAGCCCUGGCCAGAGGCUUGGCCAGUCCUCUUUGGUCCUGAACACCUGGUGGAAAGCACCCGACCCAUCCUCCUCAGACCCUGAGAAAGCACAUGCUCACUGUGGAGUCCAUGGAGGUCAUUGGAAAUGGUCUCGAGAGCAUAAUUCACAGCCACUUGUGGCAGUAGCCAUGGAAGGCCCUUCCAACCCAGGUGACAACAAGGAAUUGAAGGCUUCUACUGCUCAAGCUGGGGAGGAUGCCAUCCUCUUGCCUUUCGCAGACAGAAGAAAGUUCUUUGAAGAGAGUAGCAAAUCCUUAUCUACAUCUCAUUUGCCAGGUUUAACCACUCAUAGCAACAAGACUUUUACCCAGAGACCAAAACCUAUAGACCAAAACUUCCAGCCAGUGAGCUCCAACUAUAGGGAAUUGAGGCGCCAUCCCAUGGACCAAUCAUAUCACUCCGCAGACCAACCAUAUCAUGCCACAGACCAAUCAUAUCAUUCCAUGUCACCCCUUCAGUCAGAAACUCCCACUUACUCAGAAUGUUUUGCAAGCAGAGGUCUAGAAAAUUCCAUGUGUUGUAAGCCACUACACUGUGGUGAUUUUGAUUACCACAGGACCUGCUCUUACUCCUGCAGCGUUCAGGGAGCUCUAGUCCAUGAUCCUUGCAUUUAUUGUUCCGGGGAAAUCUGCCCUGCCUUGCUAAAGAGAAAUAUGAUGCCAAAUUGCUACAACUGCCGGUGCCACCACCACCAGUGCAUUCGGUGUUCAGUUUGCUAUCAUAAUCCUCAGCACAGUACCCUCGAGGACAGCAGCUUGGCACCUGGCAACACUUGGAAACCCAGGAAGCCGACAGUGCAGGAAUUUCCUGGGGACAAGUGGAAUCCAAUAACAGGAAACAGGAAGACCAGCCAGUCAGGGAGGGAAAUGGCUCAUUCCAAGAAUAGCUUUUCAUGGGCAACCCCUUUCCAUCCUUGCCUUGAGAACCCAGCACUGGACUUGUCAAGCUACCGAGCAAUUUCUUCUCUUGACCUCCUUGGAGACUUCAAACAUGCUUUGAAAAAAUCAGAGGAAACUUCAGUUUAUGAGGAGGGGAGCUCCCUUGCCUCCAUGCCCCACCCACUGCGUAGCCGUGCCUUCUCAGAGAGUCACAUCAGCUUGGAUCCCCAAAGCACCCGGGCCUGGGGGCAGCAUAGGAGGGAGCUCUUUAGCAAAGGUGAUGAGACCCAGUCAGAUCUUCUCGGAGCCAGGAAGAAGGCCUUUCCUCCUCCUCGCCCUCCUCCUCCCAACUGGGAGAAGUACAGGCUCUUUCGUGCAGCCCAGCAGCAAAAGCAGCAACAGCAGCAGCAACAGCAGCAGCAGAAGCAACAGGAAGAGGAGGAGGAGGAGGAGGAGGAGGAAGAAGAAGAAGAAGAGGAAGAGGAGGAGGAGGAGGCAGAGGAGGAGGAAGAGGAGCUGCCACCCCAGUAUUUCAGUUCAGAAACCUCUGGUUCCUGUGCUCUCAAUCCCGAGGAGGUCCUGGAGCAGCCACAACCCCUCAGCCUUGGCCACCUGGAGGGCUCGGGACAGGGUUCACAAAGUGUCCCAGCAGAGCAAGAAUCCUUUGCACUCCAUCCCAGUGACUUCCUGCCUCCAAUAAGGGGUCACUUGGGAUCUCAACCUGAGCAGGCUCAGCCCCCUUGCUACUAUGGCAUUGGUGGGCUUUGGAGGACCUCGGAACAGGAAGCCGCUGAAUCCGCCAAACAAGAGUUUCAGCCCUUUUCGCCUCCUCCAGGGGCCCCAGGAAUCCCUACCUCUUACUCGGCUUAUUACAAUAUUUCUGUGGCCAAGGCAGAGCUGCUGAACAAACUGAAAGACAAACCUGAGAUGGCAGAGAUUGGCCUAGGAGAGGAGGAAGUUGACCAUGAACUGGCUCAAAAAAAGAUACAGCUUAUUGAAAGCAUCAGCAGAAAACUUUCUGUCUUGCGGGAGGCCCAGCGAGGGCUGCUAGAGGACAUCAAUGCCAAUUCUGCCCUUGGGGAGGAGGUGGAGGCCAACUUAAAAGCCGUCUGCAAAUCCAAUGAAUUUGAAAAGUACCGCUCGUUUGUUGGGGACCUGGACAAAGUGGUCAACCUGUUGCUGUCACUCUCUGGACGACUGGCCCGGGUGGAGAAUGCUCUCAACAGCAUCGAUUCAGAAGCCAACCAGGAGAAGUUGGUGCUGAUAGAGAAGAAGCAGCAGCUGACGGGGCAGUUGGCAGAUGCCAAGGAGCUGAAGGAGCACGUGGACCGCCGGGAGAAGUUGGUGUUUGGCAUGGUCUCCCGCUACCUGCCUCAGGACCAGCUCCAAGAUUACCAGCACUUUGUCAAGAUGAAAUCUGCUCUCAUCAUUGAACAGCGAGAGCUGGAGGAGAAGAUCAAGCUUGGGGAAGAGCAGCUCAAAUGUCUCAGGGAGAGUCUACUCCUGGGGCCCAGCAAUUUCUAAUUCUACCAGCACUCUGCCACAGCAUCCCUGCCCAGCCACAGUGGGAAGUGCUUUCAAUCUUUGUUAGCAGUUUCUCAGCAAGUAGAUAGCAAUUAGCAGUUUGUUCCAGCCCUCUACCCUGGAUGUCUCUCACUGCCCCUUCCCUAGCAGUGAUCCUAACCAGCUAGGAGACCCUGGGGAAGCCACAAGCUUCUACCCAAGGGAGCUGCAGCAAGGUGUGAUCUUACAACCACACUCUCCUUCCCACAGUUGCCAAGGGCAAGUACUUGCUGCACAGAGAACCAAGGAAGUGCCUUCAUUCUGCUUUGUACUAGGACACCAAAGACACCAAGUGCUCAUCACCCACCCAUAUCAUCAACAGCCUCUAAAGGCUCAAAGGGAAGCUGCCUUGCAACUCUACUCUGCCCCAGGGCUUGUGGCCCAGCCAUUUCUCACGGAGAGCUGGCUGCCUUAAGGGCAUUCACCUGGCACCAGUUUCAGGGCCUCACCCAAGCUUUGCAGGGGAAAGCACAGAGGGAGGAAUUACACUGAAAAAACAAAGCAAAGGUUGAGUACCCCCAGGUGCUCCUUAGGAAGGAACCAGUUUUAAAUCAGCUCUACCCUUACCUUUCCCAGCAGCAAGUUCAGGGGAAGAGGCCUAGUCUUAGCCCUGGCUAAUGUUACCCUCUUCCUGUCCUAAGACUUUGGUCCUACCACCUCUUGUUUCAUCUUUCCUUUACAUUGCUGGGGGUUAGCCCAGGUGCCUACCCCAGGGCUUCACCAUAUGGGCCAUUAAUAGCUCUACUAAAAUUGACUUCUAGAUAUAGGUUUCAUUAUUGGGGGAGGGGGUUCUUAUUGUUAUAUUUUAAAUGGCCUUUUGAUUUUAUUUAUUUUUGUGUUUUGAUUAUUUUUUUUCUUUUUUAACUAAUAAGGCGAGAAGAGGGGAGUUGGAGAGGGAAAAGUUAGCCCAGAAGGAAAGCAUUUUCUGCAGAUCAGCCUGAAUCCACCGUGGCUAGGCAUAUUCUUGCUCUUCUCAUGUUGCUCACAACUACCUGCCUGGAUGAAUUCAGGAAAGUUGCAGGAUACAAGGUUAAAACACGAGAUCAAAUGAACAAUCCUAAAAUGUUAUUAAGAAAACAGUUCUGGCCAGCCGCGGUGGCUCACUCCUGAAAUUCCAGCACUUUGGGAGGCUAAGGCAGGUGGAUCACGAGGUCAGGAGAUCGAGACCAUCCUGGCUAACACGGUGAAACCCUACCUCUACUAAAAAUACAAAAACAGCCAGGCGUAGUGGCGCGCACCUGUAGUCCCAGCUACUCAGGAGGCUGAGGCAGGAGAAUUGCUUGAACCUGGGAGGCAGAGAUUGCAGUGAGCUGAGACCGCACCACUGCACUCCAGCCUGGGCAACAGAGCGAGACUCUGUCUCAAAAAAAAAAAAAAAAAAAGAAAGAAAGAAAGGAAGGAAGGAAGGAAGAAGGCAAGCAAGCAAGCAGUUCCAUUUACAAUAGCAUCAAAAA